AAUGGGUAGAUCAUUUCAAAGUAGAUAAGGUGAUAAUCAAACAUUAUUAAUCUUUAUUUAACUGGCUGCCUUGGGAAAAAAGGUGCGAGUGGAAGGAAGGAAGAUUAAUAAUAACGACAGCACAAAACUCAUUAUACAUUCAACUAACUGCAUUUCAUCACAGAUUGAUCAAACACUCAUCUCGCACCGCAAAGAAUUAUUAUUAUGUCUGAUGAUUACAGGAGGUUUUUCACUGAGGCCGGCGGCGCGACAAAAUGAAGAAACGGGGAGACUCAGGUUUUUACACACAGACUCGGGUUUGACACGUUUCACAACGCAACGCCUCGACGGGUCGCCCAGGCGGAAGUAGCGCACGCGGUGACAGCUCGCGGUGACAGCUCGCGCGCGGACUCACUCGCUGUGCGUGGAGAUCGCGCGCCUCGCCGAGAGCUCUCGCGCUGUGCAAGUGCGUCCCGUCGUCUCGUGCGAGCUCGUGGGCUAAGCCUUAAGGCACUCAAUAUGGCUUCGGAGGGCAGUUCUUUCGCCAAAGGAAUGCUGUUUGGCAGCCUUGUCUGCCUCGUGUUUUCCAUCUUCGCUGGCUUAAGGAAUGACUCGUCAUCAGGCAAAGGAAAUCAUUUCCAUCAUCACGUUAAGGCCGCGAGCAAGGAGGAGUUGAUGCGCAUGCCAGAGUCUAUGAAGCAGCAGCUGAGCCAGCAGGUGAGGGUGUACUGUCUCAUCAUGGUGCAGCCCAAGGUCCUCGUCCACUGGGCUGCUACCCGCGACACCUGGAGCAAGCACUGCGAUAAGGCCAUGUUCUAUACCUCAGAGGCAAGCAAGGCACUGGAGGCUGUGGACCUGCAGGAGAAAAAUGAGUGGGCCCAGAUACGCAAGGCCCUACAGGAUGCCUUCCGCAAUGCUAGCAACCUGCACUGGUUCUUCAUAGCACGGGCUACCACUUUCGCCAUCAUUGAGAACCUUAAGUACCUGCUGCUGGGAAAGGACCCCAACGAGCCCUUUUACAUUGGCAACGUGCUGAAGUCAGGGGACCUGGACUAUGUUGAGUACAACAGCGGCGUGGUGCUGAGCUACGAGGCAGUGCGGCGGCUGAUGGAGGCUUUCAAGGACGAGUACAAAUGUCCCCAGAAUGGAAACGCACUCUGGAACCUGAAGGAAGAGAAGGAGCUGGCUGUGUGCUUGAGGUUCUGUGGGGUUUACGCUGAAAAUGGGGAGGACUCGGAGGGCAACGGGCUGUUCAAUAGCAAGAGCGUCUACGACCUCAUCUCAGAAGGCAUGAAGGAACGCUCCUCAAAUGUUGUGAAAUCCUGUUGCUCCGACUUGGCGAUCACCUUCAGUGGCAUGUCGCCCAGCGAGAUGCAGGUCAUGAUGUUUGGCGUGUACCGGCUGCGCCCAUACGGACACAGUUUCCAAGACUCUCUGGUAUUUCUGCCUCCAAAGGGUUCGGAUAAUGACUGAGUGUAAUCAGAUGUGUUUGAGCAGUACGUUAUAGGUGCUUUUGAAUUUAAAGCACAGGACUGUUUUUUUUCCACCUUGUCCGCGCAUUUAUAUGCAUCUCAGAGGAAUUUCAAAAGAACUGCUACAUGAAGUUCUAUUUGAAUGCAUUCACUGUUUGUUUAAUUAUUGCAUCUAUGGCUGUUUUAUACAAGUCACACCUGAAAUUGUAUAAGAGCUAGAAAGGCCACCCAUGGGGAAUAUUUUCUGCCUGUAAAUUUUAUAGAAAUUUAUUUUUUAUUUGAUAUGAUGUACUGGUGAAUAGGACACUUUUUGUCAUAGGAAAUUGGUAAUGAGUUUGAUUUUUGAUGUAUUUUUAUCAUAGUGGAAGUCUACUGCUUAAAUGAUGACUAUGUGUCAAUACCAGGUUUUAAUUUUUUUCAUGUUUAAUUAUGGUAACACUCUAAAGUUAACCUCUAAUAGGGUUGUACAGCUGUAGCGUGUUUAGUGUGUAAUCUGCUAUCACGGUUACGGAGGUCCAGAGGCUAUUCCGGAAACACGGGGUGAGAGGCUAAGUAGGAUAAACCCC